AAUAGGAAGAGAACGAUGGAUUUCUCUUCUGGCAUGGGAAGUGCGAGAAGCAGCAGUAGCAGCGGAUGGCUGGAGAGUGACUGUGCGUCCGACUCCGUGCAGUCGUGGAGUGGCAGUUCGGAGUAUUCGGGUGAAAACGAAGGGCUUGAUGGUAAAAAGGACAUUCAGAGGAGCAGCAGAAAGAGAGGUGUCGGUGACGAUUCCAUGGAGACAGCUACAUGCCGCAGGGGACCAAAGGUGGAGGAAGCGGAUAAAAGAGGGGGAGCAGGCUCGUACGAGGAGAAGGACCAGUUAAGUCCUGUUUCCGUGCUGGAUCUUCAUCCAUAUGAAGACGAAGAAUCGCCAUCUUCGAACCUGCCAAACACUAAGAGGACCAAGAAGAAAAUUCAUCAUAAACUUGGACGGUUUGGGAUCAUCUCUCAGCUGGGGCCCAUCAACCUUGAUAAACAGAUAUAUCAGACCGAACUGGAAGAAGAAGAAGAUGAAGACAUGAAGGCAACAGACAAAGCUUAUGACUUGCUUAAGAUUCUCAAAGCGAGACAUGGAGAGGUGAAAAAAGGGACAGGCGUCGAUCGACUAAUGUUGGAUUUCUUCAGAGAGGGAUUGGUAGAGUCCAAAACGAAGAGAAGCAUGCGUGUGAAAGAGGAAGAGGAGCUGUUGCGAACGGCGGGCCAUUGGAUGAAUUUGGAAGGAGGGAGGGGAUUGGGGGUGGAAGAUAACAAGGUGGCGUACGUUAAAGGAAUGGAGGAGAGCGGGAGAUGGAGGGAGUUUGGGACGGAAGAAAAGGAGGUGGCGGUGGAGGUGGAGACUCACGUCUUUCGUUCGUUGCUGGACGAGCUGUUGCUCGAUCUCCUUUCCCCCUGAGGAGAUUGGUGGGAGGAGGGACUGAAGGGCCCUGAUGCAUCAAGAACGUGAAUGAAAUCGGAUUGCGUACUGAGUUACUCAGUACGCUCUUAUCGUACUAUAAAAACUCAGUUGGGCCCAUCUUAAAUGUAUGUGGUCUAUCUACACCGUCCAUCCGUUUUUCCAUCUAAUUUAAGGGGUUGAACCCAAAAUUGAAGCAUAUCCAAAGAUCAACUGGAUCAUACCACAGGAAACAGUGGGGAUAAUGAUUUCCACCGUUGAAACCUUGCUAGGCCCCACAGUGAUGUUUAUUUUUCAUCCAACUUGUUCAUAAGAUCAUACAUACCUAGAUGAAAGGAAAAAACAAAUAUAAGCUUGAUCCAAAACUUCUGUGGCCCCUAAGAAAUUUUCAACGGUGGAAAUUCGAGUCAACUCUUUCCUGUGGUGUGGCCCAUUUAAACAUUUAAUAUACUUCAUUUUUGGGUUCAAACCCUAAAAUCAUCUAGGAAAAUGGAUGGACGGAGCGGAUAAAAUGCAUAAAUCAUGGUGGACCUCACAGAGUUUACCCA